AUGCGCCCCCGUCACCUCCUCCUGCUCGCGGCGUCGUCCGGGUUGGCGAUAUGUGCGCCCAAUCCUGUGCCUGUGCCUGUGCCUGUCCCAGAGGCAGAGCCUAAUGUCGAAAGCAACGGGAACCAGAUAACGCUUUCGUCCGAGGAGUAUUAUUCUUCCGGAUCGGGGGCAGAGAGUGAUUUCGCCUCCUCUGCUACCUCCUCUGCCACCUCCAGCAGCAGUUUCAGCGUCAAGGCGACAACCUCGAAAGACGACGGCAAACGACUAAAAUAUCUCGACAGGGAUGCUCUCGACAAGGAGUAUGACGCUCUUGAGCGACUGAAGGUGCAAUUAAAGGAACUGGACGAAACGGUUAAACAACGGGAGGGGUGGUUCAAGAGUGUGGUUUGUGAGGGGGAGGACGGGGCAAAGGUGGAAUGUGUCAGUCCUGUUUGUGCUUUUGGGAAGGUUUUUAGUGGUGUUGCUGGGGGGCUAAGGAAACGCUCGGAGAAAUGCUGGGAGGGGAUGGGGAGAGAGGGGUUUCCUCUGCCGCCUUGGAGGGGGGGGGGUGAGAGGGGGGAAAGGGAGGGAAAAUAUCGUCCGCCGGGGUGGAUAAAGGUUUUGAAUUCGGGGGUGCUGGAGGUGUUGGUUAUUGUUUUUGGGGUAGGGUUGGGGGUGUUAAGUUGGGGGUUGAUGAGGGAUGGGAAGGGGGUAGGGGAUGGGGAGAGGUUGGAUGGACGACGACGGGGGUGCUGUGGGUGGAGGUGGAGGGGAGGGGAGGAGAAUGUUGAGGAGAGGGAAAAGUUGGUCGGGUUUGGUGAGCAUGCGGAUGGGGAGAGUAAUGAGGAGGCUGUUCCUCCGUGGGAAGAGCCGAGGUUUGAGAUUGGGAGUGAUAGUGAGAGCGAGGAUGGUGCGACUGGAACCACUGUGUAUGAUAUCCCGCGACCGCGUUAUCAACAACAGGAAGAGGCUGAAAGGAGGGUGCAAACUUGGGUUCCGGAGCCUGGGUACGAAAGCGAGAGCGAAGGCAUGGUCGCAGAUGGGAUCUACACUGUCCCGAGGCCCACUGCUGGUCAGGAAGACAGGGAACGGCAGCUAAGAGAUCAAGAUCUCGCUGCUAGGCAGAGAUAUGCUCCUAGUUUAAAUGAGAGUGACACUCUUGCAGGGACCCGGAGUCCGUCAGAGGUUGACAGCCUGGAGGGUGUGAGUAUGUCGCAAGAGUUGGCCGCCUUUAGGGAUGCCUUUGGGUUGGUGGAGGAUCUUGUUGCCAGCGUUGAGCAAAGGCGGCGGCAGAUAUGA